GUUGAAGAAAUUAGUACUCUUCGCACCUUAUAUGAAGGAGAGAAUGAAGAAAUGUCUUUAAAUAUUGCUUUUGAAUAUACCAUGUAAUUCUGAUUCCAGAAAAUCAUUUCUUCUCGUAUUCCCUCUUCAUCUUUGCUCACACCAAUAAGGAAGGGUAAUAAACUGGUGUAUGCUUGAGACAAUGGAGUCCAUGCUGAAUAAAUUAAAGAGUACUGUUACAAAGGUAACGGCUGAUGUCACCAGUGCAGUCAUGGGAAAUCCUGUUACCAGGGAAUUCGAUGUUGGCCGACAUAUUGCCAGUGGUGGUAACGGACUUACUUGGAAGAUAUUUAAUGGAACUAAAAAAUCAACAAAACAGGAAGUGGCUGUUUUUGUCUUUGAUAAAAAGUUAAUAGACAAGUAUCAAAAAUUUGAAAAGGAUCAGAUUAUUGAUUCUUUAAAACGAGGUGUUCAGCAGCUAACCAGACUUCGACACCCUCGGCUACUUACUGUUCAACAUCCAUUAGAAGAAUCCAGAGAUUGCCUGGCAUUCUGUACAGAACCAGUCUGUGCAAGUUUAGCUAAUGUUCUUGGCAGCUGGGACAACCUACCUUCUCCUUUACCAUCCGACAUUAAAGAAUACAAACUCUAUGAUGUGGAGACCAAAUAUGGCUUGCUUCAGGUUUCUGAAGGCCUAUCCUUUUUGCAUAGCAGUGUGAAAAUGGUCCAUGGGAAUAUUACUCCUGAGAAUAUAAUUUUGAAUAAGAGUGGAGCAUGGAAAAUUAUGGGUUUUGAUUUUUAUAUCCAGUCAACAAAUCCAUCUGAACAGGAGCCAAAAUUCCUUUGUAAAGAAUGGGAUCCAAAUUUGCCGUCCUUGUGUCUUCCAAAUCCUGAAUAUCUGGCACCAGAAUAUAUUCUCUCUGUGAGCUGUGAGACAGCCAGUGAUAUGUACUCUCUAGGAGCUGUUAUGUAUGCGGUGUUUAAUAAAGGGAAGCCAAUUUUUGAGGUCAACAAGCAGGAUAUUUAUAAAAGUUUUAGUAGACAACUGGAUCAGCUGAGCCGUUUAAGCUCCAGUACUCUUCAGAAUAUACCAGAGGAGGUGCGUGAACAUGUAAAGCUACUCUUAAAUGUAGCUCCAGCAGUAAGACCAGACGCAGAUCAAAUGACUAAGAUACCAUUCUUUGAUGACGUGGGAGCAAUGACCCUUCAGUAUUUUGAUUCUUUAUUUCAAAGGGAUAACCUUCAGAAAUCACAGUUUUUUAAAGGGCUACCAAAGGUUCUGCCAAAACUUCCUAAGCGUGUUAUAAUUCAGCGAAUUUUGCCUUGCUUGACCUCCGAGUUUGUGAAUCCUGAUAUGGUACCCUUUGUCUUGCCUAACGUUCUCCUAAUUGCUGAGGAGUGCACCAAAGAAGAAUAUAUCAGGCUUAUUCUGCCUGAUCUUGGUCCUGUUUUUAAGCAGCAAGAGCCGAUACAGGCAAGCAACAUGAUCCUGUUGAUCUUCCUGCAAAAAAUGGAUUUGCUCCUAACCAAAACUCCACCAGAUGAAAUAAAGAACAGCGUUCUACCAAUGGUUUAUAGAGCCUUGGAAGCACCUUCAAUACAGAUUCAGGAGCUUUGCCUAAACAUAAUUCCCACAUUUGCCAAUCUAAUAGAUUACCCAUCAAUGAAAAACUCAUUGAUUCCAAGAAUUAAAAAUGCGUGUUUGCAAACUUCUUCUCUUGCUGUCCGGGUAAACUCACUAGUGUGCUUAGGAAAGAUUUUGGAGUACUUAGAUAAAUGGUUUGUGCUUGACGAUAUUUUACCUUUUCUGCAACAAAUUCCAUCCAAGGAACCUGCAGUGCUAAUGGGAAUUUUAGGUAUUUACAAAUGUACAUUUACUCAUAAGAAGUUGGGAAUUACCAAAGAGCAGCUUGCAGGAAAAGUAUUGCCCCAUCUGAUUCCUCUUAGUAUUGAGAACAAUCUUAAUCUCAAUCAGUUCAAUUCUUUUAUUUGUGUUAUAAAAGACAUGCUCAAUAGAUUGGAGGCAGAGCAUAAAACAAAACUUGAACAGCUUCAUGUUAUGCAAGAGCAACAGAAAUCUUUGGAUAUAGCUAAUCAAAUGAGUGUAUCUGAAGAGGGAAGAUCUGCCGGUACAAAUAAUCAGAUUGACAAGGUAUUUAAUAGUACUGGAACUGACCUUCUAACUAGUGGAUCUGAUAGUAAAGAGAACGAGUUGUCAUCAAAACAGAAAAAGGCAUCACUUACGCUUGAAGAAAAGCAAAAGCUAGCUAAAGAACAAGAACAGGCACAGAAAUUGAAAAGCCAGCAACCUCUAAAGCCACAAGCGACUGCAAUAACACCUCCGUUGAAGCAGACAAAAGACUUGACAGAUACCUUGAUAGAUAAUAUGUCAUCUUUGACAUCCAUCAACAAAACUAAAGUUGCAUCUUCAAACAGCUUCUCUUCUGUCCCUUCUAUGGGUAUUGGAAUGGGAUUUUCAUCACCUGUUGACAGCACAAAGAGAAAUAUAACAAACGGACUAAAUACUAGUAUGGGUUUUCAGACUGCUGGAUUCGGUAUGGGAACUGGUCCCACUACGCAGAAUUUCUUCGGUGGUCCGAGCGCAACAGGAACAACUAAAAUGAACAUUGUACCAACUGCCAGUAUGCCAAAUUACAGUUCCAUGAGUGCUACAUCUGCAGUCGCUCCACUGACGCAACAAAACAGACCCCCAGAUAUGUCUGCUUUAGAUAACCUUUUUGGUCCUCAAAAGCCCAAAGUCAGUAUGAAACAGCUGGCUCAACAGAAGUCAAACCAGUGGGUUAAUCAGUUUAUACCCCCACAAGGGUCCCCAAGUGCAAGUGGUUCAGUCUUGGGACCUCAGAUGAACAUGAUAGGACAGCCUGGCUUUGGUAUACAGGGUAAUCCUUUCUUUGCUCCUCAGAACUUUGCACAACCAGCAAACACGAUGACAAACAGCAGCUCAGCUAGCAAUGACUUAAAAGAUCUUUUUGGGUAAAAUGUCUUAUUUUCUUCUUUCAAAGGUUGAUGACAUUUGAAUCAUGGGUAAGCUGAUUAACAUCUUUUUUGAUUAGGAAAAGUAUGACUUGGGGAAACUUUCCACCCAGCAAAAUAAAGAAUUUUGCACUAGAAAAAGACUGUUUUUACAUCGUCCUGGUAAUGCAGUGGAAUAUAUACGUGCAAAGUCAUGUUAUGUGAUAACGAUUUCCCUUCUCUUUACCCAACUUCAGAGCAUUGGAGGUAGGAGGCAUAUAUGUACUCAAAAAAGAAGCUAAAUAUUUCAGAAUGAUUCAGAAAUGUAUUCAAUCAACUCCUGCAUUUAUAUGAAAUUUUAUAUCUUAAAUUGAGCAAAAAUGGUUAGCGGGUAAUAAUGCUAGUGAAUACAAUUUAGUGCUACCCUAUGGAUCAGUCUUCUCAAUGUCUGCUAAAUUCAACUCUUGAUGAUUUGUGUAGCCUGAAUUUGGCAUGAACUGUCAUUAUGCCUUAUGACAGUAUGUGAAAAGUAAACUCAUGUUGCAUCAGAUAGUUUUGUUAGCCAUUUUACAUAGAAAUAUCUCUGAUCCACAACUAUACAACAGACUAAGAAAAUAAAACAUUUUGACUUUCUUCUCCUAUGAGGAAAUUAGGAUUAAUGUGGUAAUAGAGUACCAUAAGAUUCAGGAGGCAUAAAAAAUGAUUUUAAAAGAUAGUACAAAUUUGGGACGGAGGAAAAAACACUGCUCCAAUGGACAUGCUUAUUUACAUCCUGUUUUAUAAUGUCAGACCAUAGUUACUAGCCCCAUAGCAAAAGCCCUGUACCACCUAAGCAGGAUUUUUAAACACUUUAAAAUACUUGAUCAUAUUUAUUAUGUAUUUCUGUGUUUUGGCUAAUUUGAUACUGCUUCCAGUCGGUGUGGGGGAAAAAAAAAAAGCAUAUGAGUAGUUAUGGAACCUCCUAGAAAAAAAUGUUCUCUGUAAAGUUCAAAUGCUGACUGCCCCAACUUGUUAAAAUUGGUUGAAUUACACAGAAGUAUUUUGAAUUACUUCAUAGUCUUUGGCUCCAUUGGGAAGAUGGAAAAGGAUUGCCUCGUAGAAGUUACUGUUGCACAUGGUUGUGUGAAAAAGGAGAUUGCCAUUAAUUGCCUUUAUUAGAAUAAACUCUUGCCUUUUAAUUUUGUUUUAACUCAAGUCCUUAUGAAGGAUAGAUGAAUAUGAAGUGAGUUCUCAAAUACAGAUUUGUAAGUUCGAGAAUAUAUGGUAAAUACACAAGUAUUUCAAAUCCUUUUUAUUGUAUAAUUCCAAAUGUAAUAAAGCUCUCCAGAAAACCAA